AUGACUCUUGGACUGAAAAAGAAAGUUGUGAAAGUGAUCAAGCUGACUGAGGAGCAGAAGAUUGCUCGAAAGAAGGCUAUUGAAAAGAAGAUCAACAAGCUGAAGAAUGCGGUGAAGAUUCCUGGACCAAUCAACCAGUUCAAGACCUUUUUGGAUAAAGAGGAUGAGAAGACCGUUUUGGACUUCCUAGGCAAAUUCAAGCCAGAGACCAAGAAGGAAAAGAAGGAGCGUCUUUCUAAGAAGAAUCCAAAUGAGGGCCCUAAGCCAACUUUGCUCAAAUUUGGUUUGAAGCAUAUCAUAAGCUUAAUUGAGCAGAAGAGACUCAAGUUCCUUAUGAUUGCUGCUGACGUAACACCAAUCACCACAGUCUGCUUUCUGCCUACGCUAUGCAAGAAGUUUGGUUGCUCUUACGCCUUCAUUGACAUGCAGUCACGAUUGGGUGAAUUGGUUCAUCUGAAGAGAUCUGCUGCAGUUGGCCUCGAAGACGUCGAUUCAGAGCAUCAGGCUGCCCUUGAGAACGUGUUUCGCAUUGCUAACGCAAAGUACGCUGAUUUGUAUGAGACUCAUAUGACUACAAUUGGUGGAAAUGUCAAGAAGGUGAACACCCUUGAAUAA